AUGUCUCCAUUUGAUUGUUUACCAUUGGAAAUUUGCAAGAAAAUUGUAUCCUAUGCUGGUAUUGAAAAUUUAAUCGAGCUUUUGCUGCCUGAAGGCUCCAAACUAUUUGGUGAGAACCCUCGUUUUAAUUUGACCAUUAAUGAAGUCGUCGAGAAAAGCAUGCUCCAAUACAAUAAUCGAAUUUUGAGACCAGAGCAGCUUGAAGACUAUUUUGACAACGAGACAUUCUUCGAUAAACGAAAGCUACAACUUCUAAGGACCCAGGAGGACUUUCUCACCCUAUAUAAGUACUGUUUGUAUCAACAAAUUCUGGUUGUUUUGGGAAUCGCAUUUUUGAUAGAGUCCUCAGCGGACACAGCGUUGUUGAGGCAAGUGACAGUGCACUUACGAACAGAUAAGGUGGUAAAGUUAAAUAUAGAUCUUGAGGGAGAUGAGUAUGAAAAUAUAGACCCUGUUCUUGAAGAAUUCUUUCAUAUUAAAUCGGUGAAUGGAUUACAUCUCGGACAUGACUCCAAUAGAGUCAACCAAAUUGACUGUUACUUUCCCGAGUUGAAAUAUGCCCACUUGGGAAAGUUACUGGAUGAAAUUUUUGGAGAUUUAAAAAACACUAAGCUUGAGCAUUUGUCAUCCAGAAGCAGGAGUUCAGAACAGACCCUAAAUUUUAGCAAACUUCCCCGUUCACUAAAAGUUUUGGAUGUAUGGGAUGUGAGAAUAACUAUGGAUGUUCAAGAUUCACAUUCGUUUUUAUUGCCACAAUUGGAAAAGCUAUGUUUGUAUGAAGUCACCGUAGAGGAAAAGGUAAUUGCCGAUAUUGUUGAGUUUAUUAGGCUGCAAAUUGAGACUUCCGUGAAGACAUUUGAAUGGGAAUCAUCGCAUACUCGGGAUGCUGUAGAUUCAGUAGCACGUGAUAUAAUGGUGACUACUUCGUCUCCAAUCACGAGCUUAAGCAUGUACAAGCGCGGUUCGUCGGGAUCUUGCAAUUGGUCAAGAUUUCAAGAUUUGAAUAAAUUGACAAUAUUGGGGUUUAGCGAUACCUUCCUACAGAAUGAUUGGCAGUUUCCUUUACAUUUAGAGCUAUUGAGAAUAGAUUCGUGUAGGAUUACAGAUUUUAUCCAUCUUGAAGACGCUUUGCCUUUUGGAUUGAAAAGACUUGAAAUAUCAAACACUGAAUGGGGGGAUAAUCUGCAUGCACCAAACUUUUCACAGCUAAAGAAGUUGACAUAUCUUUGUUUGUUGUCCAUGACAACGGGUGAAAACAUCGAAAAAUUCGUAUUUUCUGAUUCGGUGGAGGAAUUGCAUCUAACAGAAAAUCCGGCUUAUUCAUUUGACCAUGUGCUGUUUCCGCAAUUUUUACAAUCUUUGAACAUAUCAUCAUCUAAUUUGACCUCGAUUAACAAUGUGUCAUUUCCAGAAAGUUUGCGAUCAUUAGACAUAGCGUGCAACCAGUUGAGGUCAGUUGAUGGGAUUGAGUUUCCUAAGAACUUAGAAAAGCUCGAUGCAGAAAAUAAUGAGUUGAAGUCAUUUUGUAAAAUUAAAAUUCCAUCAACCACCAGGACUCUUCUAUUGGGUGGGAAUGGAUUGGAGAGUGUUGAUCUUUCGACAAACGAUGGAGGCGAAGCUCUAAACCUAGAUAAGUUGGAGCUAAGGUUCAACACUAAUUUGACAAUGAACAACCUAAUACUUCCAUACACGGUGAAAAUAUUAGACCUCAGUAGCUGCAAUUUGAAAAGUCUUGAUGGGGCCCAACUUCCUGCCUCUAUUGAAGAAUUGGACUUUUCUUGUAAUUGCCUAAAAGAGGUGAAUAUCGCCUUUCCGGUUGAUUCUCGUUUGAAGAAAUGUGACUUGAGUGACAAUUUGUUGGCCAUUGUCGAUGUCACUUUUCCACUAUCUGUGACAGUUGUUAGCCUCGAGCAUAAUAAGCUCGAGCAAAUUCCACCCUGUGUCAGUGAUCUUAGAUACUUGAAGAACUUGGACGUAUCUGAGAACAGAUUGCGGACAGUUGAUUGCUCAUUCAGAUCUAAUUGUUUAGCGUCCUUGAAUUUAAAAUCGAAUAAAAUUAAAUCACUUUACCUUGUCUUGCAACGGACUAACCAUUUUGGAUUACCAGCAAUCAAUUUGAGAGGAAACAAGAUAGGUUUAACGAGUGCGAUUUAUUUGAAAUGCGUCGGAGAGAUGGUAACCUUGCUCACAGACGAAGCUGUCGAGCCUAGUGCAGCUAACAAUCUGGAAAUCGUAACUGUGGACAAACUAUUGACAAAUUCACAUAAAGUGAGGACUAUUUUUUCAUAA